UCUGUCCAAAAGCUGGAAUAACAAGUUCGCCCUCACAUUCUGUAUUGCUGUGCUGCCACCCAUUCAAGUCAUAGCUUGCAUAGUCAGGUGGAAGCAUUUGCUUUGUUAACUUCUCAGAGGCAAUGGAGGGAUUUAAUCUGUGUUAUAGCUCUCAUCUGAAUGAAGACACACCAGAUACUUUUAGAGACCUAUUGCAACCAUCUCAACCCAUUGACAAUAUGCAUGAAACCAGUAAGGAUCGUCAAGGGGAAGGUCUAGUUUCUGCCGUGGAGGAUGAAGCAACCUUUCCAGGUACAAACACAACGAUGUUGAGGCCAACUCCGUCCACGCUAGAUGAGAGAGAAGAACAGCUGGAAGAAGUCAAAGACAGUGAUAUUAGCAGCGUGAUGGAGCAAUCUGAUAAAAUUGAGCAGAUGAACCUGGGGUCAAAAGAUCCAAUUAUGAAUAAGUCUAUUCGGUCGUACUUAGAUGAAAGUUUACCGGACCUGCUCAGAAGUGGGAGUCCACUUAGGAGACGAGUAUCAAGCCCAGUGUCAGACACGUUAAAACAGAUGCGCCGGGAUGUGGAACUGUCUCGGCGUAGGAGUAUAAAACUAAAGGCUCAAGUGGAUAAACUUCAGGAGCAGAGUCAGGAAGGGCUUGUCUGGAAUCAAGACAGAGAACAGGUGACAGAGGAGAUUCAGUACAUUGUAAAGCUCCUGAUGCCUCUGACUGAUUCAGAGCCAACAGCAGAUCUUCCUUCGGGGGGCAACUCACUGGAUAUGGCACUGUAUCAGCUGAAGAAUAUUGCACGCAAACUUGCUCUCAACCACACAUCUCAAGGAAAAGCUAAAGACGGGGCAUCGGAAGAUGUUUUACAACAAGCUCUACGGGACCGAGACGAUGCUCUUGCAAAGAAAAAAGCUAUGGAGACAGAGCUCAUGAAAAGCAAGACAGAAAUGAUGUCACUAAAUAAUCAGCUCCUGGAGGCAGUGCAGCGGAGACUGGAGAUGGCUAUUGAGCUGGAGGCUUGGAAGGAUGAUGUGCAGACCAUAAUCCACCACCAGCUCCUGAGUCAGCAGCAGGCAGAACAGGCCCAGAAGAAGCCCAGAGGUUUCGGUGUACUGAGACGCUCCAAACAGCCCAGUCCAAUCCAGUCUCCAGUAGUGACCCGGGCAUCCUCUCCUUCCUCAAUGUCCCCCAAUACUCCUGUGGCCCAGCGCUGGAAAGACAGACUGAGACGAGGACGUGCCAGUCAGCUUUCCCCUGUUGUCUAUGACCAUUCAAACAGCCCGUCACCACUGAACUCUCCAGUCAGCAGCAAGGACGACAGCUUUCAAACAGUCUCUCUUGACUGAGCUUUACUAUUUAUCUGUAUGAUAGGCUACACAAUUGUCAAAAAAAAAACCCCAAAGGGGUCAACUGAUGCUGAUUUCUGUGGAGUCUGUUAAGUGUGAGGCCUACAGAUUAUGUAUUUUACUUUGAAAUAACAUUAUUCCUGAAAAAUGACACUGAACAGGCACAAACAAAUUCUACAGUUGUAAAUUAUGUAUACUUACAGAAUACUGGAUAAUAUACAGAAUAAAAUGGAUUUUAUGGA